GACCCCGGGUCGGGCGGAGGCGAUGGCAGUUGGGAAUCUGGUCCCGCGCAGAGGUCCCAGCUUGUGCGUCCUGGACGCCGGCUGGAGGAGCCCGGUUCGCGUGCGCGCCGGGCUUGCUUUCCUUUUCCCCUAAUGUUGAUUUCCUUUUUUUCUGCCUUGUUUCUCCUUCGCGUUGGGUCGGGUGCUUUCUUCUGGAGCUGAGUGUCGUCCCUGCUGCAAGCGUGAGACUUGUCAGCGCGCAGGCAGGGGAACAAGCAAGACUGGCCGUUGUGGAAAAGUGUGCGCUCUCCGGGUCAGGUCUGCCAGGCCGGCGUGGGGAAGACUGCGCUCCGGGGUGUCCUCUUCGCCGCGUCUCAACUUGUGUCCUGGUUCGCAGCAGCGGCGAAGGCGCCGAGCCCCGGGAACCGGGCGGCCUCGCUUGCCCCGAAGUUCCGCAUCGUUUGCAGACAACUCUUUUGUUCGCGGAAGUUUGCACCCGCCACCCCCGGGAUGCGGGCGCUCAGUCGCCGACUCCGCGGCUGCUGGACUGGCCAGUGCAGUCGCGAUGGGGGGAGUUGACCACGCUUGGCCAUUUCCUGGAAGGGCCCUGUCACAAGGGUGAGGGACCCAUGGGCAGCUGUUUCUGCUGAUAUCAUUACCCUGGGGGUGCCCAGGCAUCACUGCUGGCCAGGUCUGACUACCUGAAGAUGGCUUCUGCCCACCCUGGGAUGCAGCCCAGCACCUGAGGUCCUUACCAUGGUGAUGAUCCUAACGAGAAGCCUCGCCAACCAGGGAGCUGACUCUAUAGCAUGCAGGACCUUCAGCCCUGAACUGCACACGCCAAAGAAGAUGAGUCAAGGACCUACCCUUUUCUCUUGUGGAAUUAUGGAAAAUCACAGAUGGCGAGACCUGGAUAGGAAAUGCCCUCUUCAGAUUGACCAACCGAGUGCCAGCAUCUGGGAAUGCCUCCCUGAAAAGUGUCAGGACAGCUCACUGUGGCACCGAGAGGCGGUAACCACCUGUGCAGUGACCAGCCUGAUCAAAGACCUCAGCAUCAGUGACCACAAUGGGAACCCCUCAGCACCCCCGAGCAAGCGCCAGUGCCGGUCACUGUCCUUCUCUGAUGAGAUGUCCAGCUGCCGGACGUCAUGGCGGCCCUUGGGGUCCAAAGUCUGGACUCCUGUGGAGAAGAGACGGUGCUACAGUGGUGGCAGUGUCCAGCGCUACUCCAAUGGCACCAGCACCAUGCAGAGGAGCUCCAGCUUUAGCCUCCCUGCCCGGGCCAAUGGGCUAUCUUCACCCUGCCACCAGGCGGGACUGCAGCACCGCUUUGGGGCACAGCCCAGCAGCCAAGGAGCCCUGGGCUCACCCCCCUGUGGACAGGGAGGUGACCCUUGGAGCCCUGACCCACACCCUGUGGGUGGGGGCCGGCUAGACCUGCAGCGGUCCCUCUCCUGCUCACAUGAGCAGUUUUCCUUCACGGAAUACUGUCUACCCUCAGCCAACAGCACACCUGCCUCAACGCCAGAGCUGGUGAGACGUUCCAGUGGGCUCUCCCGCAGCCGCUCCCAGCCGUGUGUCCUUAACGACAAGAAGGUGGGUGUGAAACGGCGGCGCCCGGAAGAUGUGCAGGAGCAGAGGCCUUCCCUAGAUCUUGCCAAGAUGGCACAGAACUGUCAGACCUUCAGCAGCCUCAGCUGCCUGAGCACAGGGAUGGAGGACUACAGCCCCCACAGCCCCUUCGCUGUCCACGCCAGCAGCACCCGGUCCUGGGCCACCUUGCUGUCAGCUUCCAGCCCGGGGGGCAGGACCCCUGCCGGGACCCCAGUCCCCGAGCCUUUUCCCCACUCCUUUGACGACCGCCUCACCUGCCAGGAGGACCUGUCCUGUGAGGAGUCAGACGGCUGCGCCCUGGAUGAGGAUUGUGGCAGAAAGGCAGAGCUGGCCCCAGCCUGGCGGGACUGUGGGGCCGCUGGAAACAGCCUCUGCUCUCUGGAUGGCGAGUUGGACAUUGAGCAGAUAGAGAACAACUGAGGGGCCCGGGCCCUGGUCCAGCUGGGGGUUCUUCCCUCUGGGCCCUAUGUGGACACUUGUAGGGCGACCCCAGCCCCUUCCUGAGAGGUUUCAGGUCCCAGGGAAGAGCUGUCUGGCUCCGUGAAGGCUGGCCUGGCCGUGCCCCACAGUGGGACAUGUCCGCCUCUCACCAGCUGUCAAGCACGUCGGCCAGCAGGUCCACGGAACUACUGUAGCCCACAGAACAGCUUUUUGGUUUGGUCUUUUCUGCCUUGUUCCUUGUGGGAUGUUGGGCAGUUACUCCCGGCAGGUCUAAGCCCACACUGGACCCCCGAUGGGGAUGUGGUGGUGGUGGUGGGGGGCUCAGGGCUGAGGCCAGGUCCAUUGGGCCAUGUCUGGGCUCUGCUUGGCCUCGCUCAGGUUCACUCUGGGAGUCGGACCCAGUCUUUCACUCAGUUUAUUCUGUGCCUUCUUUCCCAGGUCUCUCUGCUCCCAGGAAGGUUUGGGGGACACUCCUUCUGUAGUAACACCAGAACCAUUUGGCCUUAAUCCCACACGGGGGCGCUGGUGCGGCCCUCUAUAGAGAGUAAGCCCAGGUGUGGACUCUAGGUGCCAGGAAACAACUCUGCUCGUUGGAGGCCAUGCGCAUUGGGUAGAUGCUUUGAUCUACUGGCUGAAAGGCAGAUCCACUUGCCUCUCAAGGUCACAGAGCACCUGCUCCCUGCCCUGCCCCUUGAGGGGCUGCCUUGGCUGCUGGUGACAGCAGCCAUCUCCAUGGCUCUCCGGUCCCUGAGUCACCAGCUUGGUUGAUUCAGGCUAGUGAAGAGACAUCAUGACAAAAGGGCGACUUCUUAAACGUGCCCUCAGGAGACAGGAAUGUGAGCAGGUGCACAAAUCCAGGCCCUGAGCAGGUUUCAGGGGUGAAGGAUGUCUGUUCUUGGGGCCCAGGGAGGGCCUCUGAGCCCCCUGUCGUAUCCCCAGCAUUUUCUCCAAUGUUCACAGGCUCCCAGGCUUUAGUCAAAGUGCACUGUCCCCUGCAAGACAUGCAGACCUGUCUGCUGAGGGAGCCAGGCUUAGGUGCUGCCUGCCUAAGGCAGCCGCAGGCACCAGCGUGGCUCAACUCAACCUACAUCCUCCCCAGCCCCUCUCCCCGGGUGCAGCCCGCCCCUCAGGCUGUGUGCUCAGGAGCCCCCAGCGCACCUCACACAUACAUCACAGGCCUCUGCACUCUGGGAAUCUGGCUUUUAGCAAACUUGGCAUCUACAAACAAUAGCAAGCGGGCUGGCUUAUGAAUGAGUGGCUCAUUUUCCCAUGAGGCUGAAAAUCUCCAGUGUGUUCCCUGGUGUUCACUGAGAUGUGAUCAAGACACUUUUGCAGUCCCUUUGCUUUUGCUUCCCUUCCAUGGACCAGAAAACACCUCAUGUCUGCAGGUUGACUACAAAUGUUUCUCAUCUUUCUCCAAGAAAGAAACUGGUUGUAAAACUUGUUUAAACCUUCACAUUUUACUGUACCAGAGGGGUAGAGGCCCUGGUUCUGAUUUGUAGGUGGUGUUUCUUUAAAAUCAGCCAGAAGAUGCUUGUAGGAAGCCCCUCCCAUGGCCCGCAGAGGCCUGAGAAGCCAAACCAGACUUCAGGCAGCUCUGGGUAGACAAAGACAUGGUGCCUCCUCCCUGCCUACCAGUGGUGGAGGCCCUGUCUUCUCAGAGCAGGUCUAGAGGAGGAGGAAGGUAGUUGAGAGGAUGUGCCAGUGCCUUUUCCCCAGAAAACCAGGACGGGAGUUCUGGUACCUGGUGUGGCCAUACCGAGAGUGGUGACAAUGGGAGCACAGCCCCCAAAAACCUUCCUGUGGAAGGCAGAGGAACGCUUCCAUCUGGUCCACUCUGCAGGGCCAGCUAAGGCCAAGGCAUGGCGCAGCCACCGGCUGCCUCUCUAAGGGCCAGGAUAGGAGGCAACUGCUGGCAAGUGUGUCACAGAGCUGUAGUACGGGUGACUUGUCCUCAGACCCUACCCCCCUGUGGCAGAAGGACAACCAGUGGAGCUCGCUGAGUCACAACCACAUCCUCCUCACCUCCGCCAGCCCCAGGGUACUUAAGGACAGAAAUGCCCAGGCCGAUGGCGCAUUUGGCCCUUUCCAGCCUCACAGGCCCUUCUUAACUGUUCCUAUUCCACUAACACUCCUAGCCCAGGCACACAGCAGCGGCAACUACGGGAGAAGAUGGUGGUGUCCUUUCGGGUUACGGAAAGAAAUGACCUCCAGUUUACUUCCUGGUUGUCUUUUGACUAGACAGAGUAGGCCCCAUCUAGGAGGUGUCCCGCUGCCUUCUCAGCGGCCACACCCGUCUGUGUUCCCCUCUGCUGGCUCCAGAACUCCGUCUUGGUCCUGCUGGGCAGGAAGAGCACCCGGGAGGCCUCCUGCGGCCCACCCUUCAUGGUUUCCCCAUGGGCAGUGCGCAGGUGGGCUCAAACUCCCCAGCACGGUGGCCUCAGCUGGCGGCAGCAGCAGAAGCCUCACCUUGUCGGGUUUGACUGUGAGUCCUGCCCUGGAUGGAGGCUGAGAAGGUGCAGGCCUCGCAGAGUAGGCUGAGCCAGGCCAGCUGCCUGCCUGGAGGCCUGGAAGGAUGAACGUGAAGUAGGAAGAGGGGUUUCCUGACACAUGGUGUCCCCAUUUACUCCAGAAGCCAGUGAACUGACGGGAGCUGCCUUCUGUCUAGGUGACCAGGCCUGGGUCGGGCCGCAGCCUAGCCGUUUACAUGACUGCAAACCCUCUUGCCUUAUUCUUGGGCAGUGGAGGCCAGAGCUUGGCCCAGAGCCCAGGAAAGACUCACAUCCAGGCCCCAGAGAGCUUGUUCUUACCGUACAUAGGGAUUUUCCUUCUCAGAAAGCCUUACUUUUGAAUAACACUUUUGUAUCAGGAAAGUUUUUGGAUUUGUACGCUGAAUGAAAUUUUAAGUAAAGGAAAAGGCCACAUAAAAAUGAAGACCAGUUUCCAAAUGGGGGCUCCUAGUACAGAUGAGUAUGAUGCUCUGACACUACCAAGGGGCAUUCAGGGGUCUGCCUGAGCAAGCUUCUACUGCAGUUAAAGCACACCCUCGGUCCUGUGCUCCACGUGUACCUGGUGGCCAUGGGGUGGCCAGCCGAACACCUAGGGCUCUGGGAGCCCUGCACGGGCACUCUGCCCGCACAGGCCGUGACGCUGCGCCUUGCCACAUCCACGCUGCUGACCAAACCCCUCCCACUGGUGCCAGAGAAAAGCGCGCUUCUUAAAGAGAAAGGUGGUUUUACAAGUUGCAGCCCGAAGUGGAGCGCUCGUAGCCUAGGUAGGAUAGUCGGACUUUCUAGCAUAGUUUUGUUGGCAAAUGAAUUGAGCUGUCAGUGCGUGGGGGCGAUGUUGGGAGUUGGGGGACAGACCACACGUAGGCCACACUAGGAUAACACGCAUUUCUCCCAUCCAUGCGGUGUCAUGUUGCAGAGCUUCAGGAAUCACCGUGGCCUGGGUAGUGCUGUGCCAGGUCCCUGCUAGAGCCAAGGUCCUCUGCACAGAGGCACUGGGUCUGUCCUACCACCGCUGCCCUCCGCAUCCUGUCCUCCCACGCAGGCCAUGACUGUCUUGCACUAGAGCCGCUCUAGUCUCAGGAAUUUGCUUGUUACUUUUACUGUGUAAAUAAAGCUUCCUGGUUCAAUACCCAGA